GAAAAAUUGCGAUCCGGAUAGUUGCUAAGUCAGCAGAAAGACAGAGGGUACGUGGAGGCAACAGCGUGAAUGGAGAAAAAAAACAUGGCAAACAAAUAUUUCUUCUUGCUCGAAUCGUAGAUGAUCCGUGAUUUAAAACCACUGGAUGGAUUGCUUCAACGAAUGACGAUUUUUCUCCUAAAGCCAACGUUUAUGGCAUUGAAGAAUGAACUUCCUUUGAAACAUCUUAUGAAGAAGACACAAUUAAAUAACGCUGUUGCUUCUUCCACAUCAACGUCCUUACUCCAGAUCUUUUCUAUGUCGAGUAUCUCGAAACCAUCGAAUCUAGCACCAUCACCUCAAUGCCAACAAGAGAACUCUUUACAAUGUUUAAACAGUGCUCCGUGUAAACAAUCGUAUCAACGAACAGAGCCAUGUCCGCAAGUUGAAAAAUGUGUUUCAUCGAUACCAUCUUGCUAUGGUCAAGUGAAUACAGAUUGUCUUAAUUUACCACAGACUCUUUGUCCAUCAUCGUGCCCUUGUUGUUAUUCGGAAUCCCCGAAACAAUCACCACCGAAGAUUUGUUACAGGAAAUGUCUUCCUCUACUUAAAUUGCUGAGACUACCCGAGUAUCAUAAAAUUCCUGCACGACCUCCACCACCACUUCCUAAGCAUCCCAAAAGAUUAAAAUGCCCGAUUCAAUGCGUACCAUUUUCUUCGCCAUCAAUGCCAAAGUGUCCAGAAUUUUUUAAAUGUUCACUCAUGCCAAAGGAACAUCCUUCAGCUCCACCUUGCGAGCCUUGUCCUCGCUCACUAUCUUGCAGCUGUUUUCCAUCACUUUGUCCACUCAGUCGACCAAGUACAUCUUUAAAACCGCUAACUUACACUCCACCGCCUCCUUUACGAUCUUGUUUACCUUGCCCAGAGUGUUCGCCACCUCCUCCUUGUCCAUCACCACUACCAUGUACAGCCUAUCUUUAUUCAGAAUUAUCUCCACCAUGCUCCUGUUCCAAAACUUGUCCACGAUCUCGGAAUAUCAAAGCUAAAUAUUCCAAGGACGUUUCUUCUUAUCACAAAUUUUUGUCCGACACGGGAAGAAGCCAAGUUCAACGUAUGUCCACCUAUCGUAUAAGACUUCGUCCUACUCAAGCACAGAUGCUUCGAUCCAGAGGUCUACAUAGUUCGUGCAUACUACUUAAAUCCAAUUCUGAGAAAGAUUGCAAGUCGGUGAGCGAAAUAUGCAAAAUGAACGAAAGCUGUAGUAAACCUUGUAAGGAUAGAGAAGCCGAAUGUUAUCCAGAGAAGGUCAAGUGCGAGCCAUCAAAGCAUAUUAAGAUUGAAGUAAAAGAAGAGAAAAUAGUAUGUCCGAAAAGUUGCGUUCGAGCAGGAAAGUGUAUUAUCGCUCAGAUUAAGAAACCAGAUAAGAUGGUGUACGGGCCAACCGAUUGUCCACCACCGAAACUGAUAACACCACCUGUGUGUCCACCUACGGUCGACUCUGAAAUAGAGGAGCCCAUUUGCAACGAGAAACGUGUCAAGCCAAAAAAAGUGUGUACACCACCACCGUUACCUGGCCCUCCUACCGAACCCAUUUCAUUAUGUCCUUGUCCACCUCCACCAAAAAUACAUCCAGGACCUUGCCCUUGUCCUCCUCCUCAAAAUGAUAUAAGGGUUAAACCUGGUCGACCUUGUCCCGUCAAAGACAAGUAUCCCUGUUGUUUACCAUCUUAUUACUGUCCUAUAAAAUCAGGUAUUUGCGUGAGGAAACCUCCUUGCGACAAGAAGAAAAAUACGAAAUCGUGAGACACUCUGUUGAUUAUGGGAUAUGGAAGGAAACUAAAGGCGAGAAUUGACACAGUUUUUGCGAAAUCUAUUAGAUUAGAACGUUCGGUCUCCUGGAUCGAUAAUUGUCAACCAUUCAUGGUCGAUUUGUUCACCUUCUAUCGAUUCUGUGAUCACUCGAGUGCAUUUUUUUUAUAUAGUAUGAAUAGAUUUUUUCAAGGUCAAGCAUGUUUAAGUCAAUGAUGAGCACUCCACUGGUCAGGUGAAUUCAAUGAAAGGUGAACGGACCGACUGUCGAUGUGUGUCGCUUGUCGUAUGGCUAAUUUAACGCAUUCCUAGUUUUCGAAAGACGUCUAAACCCUGAUUAAUUUUGUUUUUAUCAUUAUGUUUCAAUACGAUUAGUAAGAAUGCGAUUAAUUGGACAUACUACAUACGAUAUACGUCCCAUUAAUGUUUUUAAGAAAUGCUCAAGUCUAAAUUUAAAUAGAUUUCGUUGAGUGUCUAUCAUAACUGAUCUACAAAAACGAACUAUUCUACCUUCGCUCCGUACAUUUUUAUACUACUCUAGAAUCCAUAGAUAUAGAAAUAUAAAAUGCAGACACAUUUGGAUGGGUGAGCGUAAAUGUAAAAUAUGUAUUGUUUAAGUGGUAGAAUACGUAGUGAAAAAGAAUCAAAAAAAAGGACGUAAGGCUCGGGAAAACAUUUAUCUUUCCAGAGUUAAACAUAUAGACAUAUACAAAUCGUUCCUCUUAUCUAAAUUUUUUGUAACGAAUCUGUAUACAUUAAUGAAGAACAUUAAUAAAAGCUUUGUAACACAAUA